CUCACACGAUCGCACGCUCGGAUAGCAGCAGUUGAACCACCCACCCAUCAAGGACCGGAGACACAGCUGUUCGUGUGUGUCAGUGUGUGGCGCAAUUCACCAUGUUCGGUACGGGAGGAGGAUUCGGGACAGGUGGAGGGUUUGUGCCAACACCAGCCUUCGGUGAAAGGGAAACAACGCCCGUGCUCGGAGCAGCAGAGACGCCAGGAGGGCAAGGGUCCACAGCCCAGCCGUUUGGACAACAGGCCUCUGGAGCCACCGCAGCUCCACCGCCUAACCCUGGCAAGAUUGCGACUGCUGCUCCAUCUGCAGGAGAUUGCUACUACUUCUUACAAAGCACUUGCACCAAGGGUAACAAUUGCCUUUUUCGACACAGCGAAGCCGCUAGAGCAUCCGGCAUCGUGUGUCGAUUUUGGCAAAAUGGCUUCUGCAAGGAUGACGUCAACUGCCCUUUCCUACACCCGGUUAGAGGACAAGGGAUGGGCGGAGGCCGUGGCGGUCGAUUCGGAGGUGGGCGUGGAAUGGCUACAGGCCGUGGCGGCUUUGGUGGAGGUCGUGGGGGGCCGCGUUCACAGGGUUGGGAGAACGUGGAUCGCAGCAAGCAAACGUGCGUGUUUUUUGUGCAAGGAAAGUGCACGAAGGGCGAUGCUUGCCCAUUUAGCCAUGCCAUCCCUUCGGAAGGAGGCGUCAGCCAAGCAGCCGAGGGUAACCACCCGCCGCAGCGUGCAGCGGUACCCGAGGGGCGACCCCAACCACCUACCAUGGAUUCCUCUCCCGCACCCGUGCCGGCUACUCGAAACGAUAGUGUGCCGCAAACCAAAACUAGUGCAUCGGAGGCUUCGCGCGGAGAAGAGACAAAGGCAAUGGGGGUUCCUGGGCAGAGCUCAGCUUCAGUGCGUGUCUCAGGUGCGGGGCGAGAGGAGGCACGGUCGUUUUCUCGGCGCGUCGGUGCGUUCGGUGACGGAGCUUCCAAGGCGGACCCGGCCUUAGCGGUGGCGAGUGCCGGUAAGACAUACGUGACUGCCCGAAAUGGUCAAGCUCGUGCUACUGCUUCAUCGGAUCAGCGCCAAGAAGCACCGGGGAUAAUCGUUCUGCCUGAUGGUGGUCUUGUCACACGCAAGAGAGCGGCAGAGCUGCAGCUGCGGAAGGACGAACGUGGAGACGCGGAAGCCAGAAAUGUGCGGCAACGAGACGGUCGACAGCAGGGCCGAGCACAAGAACGCAGGCCUACGUCGGGUAGCAGAGGUGUGCUACCCGUCGGUCGUGUACCGAUCUUGGACCGUUUGGGCCCAGUGACACAGGCAUCGGACACGGCACCCACGACGGAAAGGAUCGUUGCCCCUGCCAGGAUUCGACGCGAAGCCCCUACUCUGCAAGCCCGGAAGGGAGAAGAGCCGCGCCCGCACGUCACGCCGGUCGAACGCCCAGGUUUGCGGCCGUCUUCGUCAUCAUCGCUUCCAAGGUCUCGGGUAAUGGCUUCGGCGCUGCCCACGCGCCGCACGGGGGGCGGGCGGGGUGCCGACGGCGAUUCCACUUCCGCGAUCGCUAGACCGGCAGUAUUGGCACAACGUAAAUCGAGCUUACUGGAUUUCAAAAUUCCUACUCUAGAUGAAAUUAAGAGUCGAAAGGCUAAAGCGGAGGUGGCAACGCCGAGGGUAGCAACGAAAAGGGACCAAGCGCUCUCUGCUAGUCGUGGGGAAAAGCGUAUGACAGCAACGCCAGCUCCGCUAGCUGCUAUUGAAGAAGCGCCUGCGUUGCCCAACUCUGUGGUAUCAACCACUGUAGGAGUGCAGCCCUCUUUGCCAUUACCGGCACCAGCACCGACACCGACGGUGCAGAGUGAUCCCCCGCAGUUGGACGCGGAGGAUAUGGACGAGUUUAGUGAGUGGCUGUAGACAGUUGUGAUGAGGUUGAGUAUUAGUUUGUUACCGCGUUGUUUUCUGGGUUGAGUACCGGUGGGUCUGGGUUUUCGAAAGGUAGGUGUGUUGCGUGCCAUGGCCGAUUCCUGCUCGUCGGUACGCGCUAUUGCGUCACGGGCUGGGUAUAAAUACUGUGUCGAACUUUCCGGCAAAUGCAGCAUGACAGGGGGUAUGAGGUAUGAACAGAGAUGAUGCGAGAAUCGUAGUCGGCAUUGGAGCCUCGGCGGCACCAGGGCAUGUUUCGGUUGGGGCAUGUAUAUCAACCACCUUCAUCCCGGCUUCGCUCGACAGAGCAAUUGGUCAUUAGUGCCUUGCUCUCGGUUACCAACUUACAUGUCCGAUGUGGGAAUCAAGUUGAGUUGCCUUGGCUAUGGGUGAACCGAGGUAGGCCGUGUCAACCUUGUACCGGAACGUCACCGUUCGAAUAAGAAGAGGAGUUUUGAGCU